GUUUCUGGCAGAAGGUAAUGCUGGAGGAAUGCUCUGUGUUCGCCUUUUGACCGAGUUUUUAAUAAUUAAGAGACUUUCUGCAACCUGCAGUGAAUUUAACAUAGUCUCCCAAGUCCUGGUGUAUAGAGAGGGUCUCUCUGUGUGCUGCACCAGUUUCACUGCCAACACUGGAAGCUCCUCACUAACCUCUGCUGCAGAAGAUGUCUCCCAUCACAUUACCGGUCAUUUUACUCUCUCUCUUCUCAGUAUCCCUUGGAGAACAUGCCACCAUCAGUGUCCCCAAUGGGGGACCAUGGGGAGAAUGGGGGCCAGUGGAGUGGUGUCCCUGCGGAUAUCACGCAAAGGGGUUCUCUGUAAAGGUAGAAAUAAAACAGAAAGUGGAAGAUGAUACAGCCGUGAACGGAGUACGUCUGCACUGCCUAAACCGCACCGACACUGAAAAGGACAGCAGCACUGAAUUCACUAUUCAAUCCGCAGAAGGACCCUGGGGUGAAUGGGGUCCCACCUUGUGGUGUCCUGAAGGAUAUCUCCUCAGCUUCAGCAUGCAGGUGGAGCCACCAAGGAAAGGGGUGGAUGAUACCGCAGCCAACAACUUCAUGUUCCAGUGCUCCGACUACCACGUACUGUUUGGAAACGGGCACAAUUGGGGACAGUUUGGGCGUUGGAGUGGCAUCUGCAAGCAUGGGAUUUGUGGCAUGAAGACCAAGGUGGAACCACCACAAGGGAGCGGAGAUGACACGGCCCUGAAUGACGUCCAGUUUGUGUGCUGUAAGAAUUAGGGGUCAUCGCUGAGAUAAAACCUGGGAUGAUAUAUUGCUUUAACUGUAUCUGAAUGUGAUUGUCGCAUUGAUCAAAGGUCAAAUUACUGUAGGAUGUUCAAUAAAUUGCCAUGAAAUUAUACAGUAGCACAAAUUAUACAGUAUGGGCUGGAUUCAGCGGUGGAUGCAGAAUCGCAGCAGCGUCUACCGGCAGUCGGCCAUCUACGACCUUAAGCUACAAAGCUUAUGCAUAUAUCAGCACAGUCCACCGGUUCUAGGAAUCUUCUGAAAUAAACUUUAUCUCCAGGUUCUUGUCA